ACCUUAAAUACAUAUCUUUGAGGGGGGGAAAUGUCCAGUUUAUAUCUUGGUACCCCCUCGUAUACUCAUGUGUGUGCCUGUGUGUACUCUGCUCCACUGGCCUCUCUCUGGGCCAGGCCCCUGGGGAGACGGCUCCCUGUGAGGGCUCUGCCCUCCGCCUCUGCAGCCUGCUGAGUCCAGAGCCGCUCUGCACAGUGCUGGGGAGGCACUCUGGUGUAGGGGUCGGCAGUUUGAUGUGGAGAACUCUCUUCCUGAACCAGAGGGUGUGGUGGGCACAUGUCCUAAGAAGCCAGUGCUUCAUACCGUAGUCCACUGAUUGUCACACCAGCACGGUUGCUGCCACCCCAAUUAGAGGUUGCUGGCCAGGCCUGGCCCUCGGCCCCAUGUGGCCCCUGGGGAAUCAGGAGCAUCCCUCUGCAUACACUCCAGGGCCAGCUGAGCCCCUUAGUGCAGGAUCUGGGGCUUCCCGCCCUGCCCGAGGUGCAGCCCCAUCACCCCUCACCCUUGCAUGGGCCUCUCAGCUCCAGUGGGCAGCUGGUGGAGAGAGGCGCUACGUAUGUGGUCAGCCUGGCCUCGCCAGGCAACUGGAGUUGGGUGGGCCCAGGCCUGGAGUCAGAGGCUUAUGGGCGUGUCCUUGGCUGGGCAGACCAAUCUGCAGCAGCCCUGGCAGCCCAGAGUCUCUUGGGGUUCUCUGACUGGGCCCUCUGUCCCCCGACAGCCACACCCACUCGCCCGGGUCUAUGGCCACCGUGCGGGAGUGGUCCUGUGCGCGCUGCACCUUCCUGAACGGGGCCGGCCAGCGACAGUGCGCCAUCUGCGAGGCACCGCGGCAGAAGCCGGACCUGGAGCGGAUCCUGCGGCUGAGUGUAGAGGAGCAGAAGUGGGCCUGCGCCCGAUGCACCUUCCGCAACUUCCUGGGCAAGGAGGCCUGUGAGGCGUGCGGCUUCCCCUCCGACCCUGCCCAGCGGAAGCAGCUGUGGGUGGCCCUCAUCGAGAAGGCGCUGGCCAAGCUGCACGGCUCCUACUUCGCACUCCAGGCGGGCCGUGCCAUCGAGGGCCUGGCCACGCUCACCGGGGCGCCCUGCGAGAGCCUCCUGCUGCAAGUCAGCUCCACCAACCCCCGCGAGGAGCCCGUGGACACAGACCUCAUCUGGGCCAAGAUGCUGAGCUCCAAGGAGGCUGGGUUCCUCAUGGGCGCCUCCUGUGGUGGGGGUAACAUGAAGGUGGACGACGCAGCCUACGAGAGCCUGGGCCUGCGCCCACGCCACGCCUACUCCAUCCUGGAUGUCCGGGAUGUGCAGGGCUCCAGACUUCUGCGGCUCCGAAACCCGUGGGGCCGCUUCUCCUGGAAUGGCAGCUGGUCAGACGAGUGGCCUCACUGGCCUGGUCACCUGCGUGGGGAGCUGACACCCUUGGGCAGCAGUGAGGGCGUCUUCUGGAUGGAGUACAGCGACUUCAUCAGGUACUUCGACUCGGUAGACAUCUGCAAGGCCCGCUCGGACUGGCAGGAGGUUCGGGUGCAGGGCUGCUUCCCCCGCUCGGCCAGCGGGCCUGUGGGCGUCACUGCCCUGACCGUGCUUGAGAGGGCUUCGCUGGACUUCGCCCUCUUCCAGGAGGGCAGCAGGCGCUCGGACGCAGGGGACAGCCACCUCCUGGACCUGUGCAUCCUGGUGUUCAGGGCCACGUUUGGCAACAACACCCCUGUGGCCAGUUCCUGCUCUGCCUGUGGGGGCCCCCGGAGACUGUCACUGCCCAGGAUCCCCCCAGAGGCGCUGGUGGUUCCUGAGGUGGUGGCCCCUGUCGGCUUCCAUGCCAGCCCUACCCCACCCCCAGCAGGCCUGCCCGGGGACAACACCGAGGCCACCCCCACCUCCACCAGCCAGGGUAUACCCCCAGCCGACCAGGAGCCCCCCAGAGUGGUACCCUUCAGCCCCUUCUCACCCCCACUGCAGAACCACCCUGUGCCCCGGAGCCGCCGGGAGGUGCCCCCCCAGCCACAGCCCUUGGUACCUGAGGGCACUCAGCCCUCCGCCAGCCCCAAGGCCCCCCAAGGCCCGGGCCGGGCUCCUCCUGGGCCCUCCCGUGUGGCAGAGCUGCUGUGCGGCCCUCGGCUGGGUGGGCUGGAGACGGCAGCCGAGAGCGGCACAAGCACGCCCAAUGAGGGCAGCAGCGCCACGCCGGGCCGGGACAUCAUCGACCUGACGGGGGACUCCGUGCGCUACACCCCCGCCAGCCCCUCCAGCCCAGACUUCACCACCUGGUCCUGCGCCCAGUGCACGCUGCGCAACCCCACUGCGGCCACCCGCUGCUCUGCCUGUGGCUGCUCCAAGCUGCAUGGCUUCCAGGAGCGUGGUGAGGGCCCCGCCCGCUGCCCCGACUGUGGCGCCGAGCGGCCCCGGCCCUGUGGCAGCACCUGCUGCGGCCGCCCCCCCUCCACCCGUAAGGCUGCCCGCCUGCUGCCCGCUGCUCCAGCCGAACGCCGGGACCAGUGGGCCUGCCCAGCCUGCACACUGCUCAACGCGCCCCGAGCACGCCACUGCGCCGCCUGCCACACCCCGCAGCUGCUGGAGGCCAAGCGCCAGGGUGCCACCCCCCUGCGCCGCCGGGAAAGCGUGCUGGUGGAAAAGCGGCGGCAGACGGACGAGGGCGAGGCCAAGGCCCUGUGGGAGCACAUCGUGGCCUUCUGCCGAGAGAACGGCGUCAGCUUUGUGGAUGACAGCUUCCCACCGGGACCCGCUUCCGUGGGCUUCCCCGAGGGCGAUGGCGUCCAGCAGCGCGUCCGGCAGUGGCUGCGGCCCCAUGAGAUCAACUGCUCUGUCUUCAAGGACCCUGCCAAUGUGCCAUGGUCCGUGUUCUGCCGGCUGCGGCCCUCGGACAUCCUGCAGGGGCUCCUGGGGAACUGCUGGACAGCCAGGUGUGCGGUGUGCAGAGAGCCCGGGCUCUGUGGGACAGGCCUCCCGGGCCACCUGAAUGGUGGGCGGCAGAAUGGGACCCCCAGGGUGUGA